AUGAAGCUCAGAAUACCCCAGACCCGCACCGUCAGGAGCCUGGCCUCCGCUGUUGGUGUCACCAUAUUCGUGUACCUCCUCAUUAGCAAUCUCGAGACCCGUCUCCGUCUUGGCGACGAUGGCCUCGCGUCGCACCCGUCCAGAGCCGGAUCAUCGCCAGCCAGAAAUCCCGACUGCCCUGGGCCUGCACUCCGACACCUGCGCAACCUCGAGCUCAACCUAACCGACACCAUCACCUACACGAAGCGGUGCAUCAAACCCGUUGUCACACGAUCCCUCGACCGCGACGCUGUUGCGCAAAUAGACGAACCCCUCCUCAAGAUCAAGACGAAGAUAGAUCUCAGUUCGUGCGCACCAGUCCAGCUCGAAAGAUGCGAUCCUAUACCACUGCGCGUUCCGCGCCCAUACCCAAAGUCCACCUAUCCCCAAUACGUUUUUGGCGUCGCCACGUCGUACGAGCGCUACGAAGAGUCAAUAGACACAUUCGCCUUUUGGCUUGCAGGGUCGCAUGCCAAGCUGGUCGGUGUCGUCACCGACUAUGACGAAAACCGCCCCAACCUCGAAGCUCUCGUCGCUCGCUAUGCCGAGCGCGAUGUCAUUGCCAGCUUCGUCAAGCCCAUUCGCUCAAGGCUCAGCGUCGGCCAAAACCACUUCACCAUCAUCCGCGACCUCGUCAAGGCUUCAGGCCCCGAAACCGAAUGGAUCGCUAUCCUCGAUGACGACACAUUCUUCCCCUCUCUCCACAAGCUCACCGUCGCCCUUUCCGACAUUGAUCACACGCAGCAGGCGUACGUCGGUGCCCUAUCAGAGGACUUUAGAGCUGUUCGCACCUUUGGCUACAUGGCUUUCGGUGGAGGCGGCGUUUUCCUGUCGGCGAAGCUGGCGCGGGACCUCGAACCCCUGCUUGAGACAUGCCUCAACGAGGCCAAGACGGGCGAGGGCGACGCGCUCGUGCGCGAAUGCGUUUAUAAACACACGCAUACCAAGCUGACGCCACUGCCGGGGCUGCACCAAAUGGACAUGGCCAGGGACGCCACGGGUUUCUACGAGGGAGGCCCCAGCCCCCUGAGCGUCCACCACUGGAAGAGCUGGUACUUCUCCCCCGUCGAGCUCAUGGCCACCAUCACCCACGUCUGCGGCGACUGCUUCCUGCAGCGCUGGCGCAUGGGCGCCGACACGGUCCUCACCAACGGCUAUUCCAUCAGCAUCUACCGCGACGGUCUCGACGACGUCGACCUCAGCCGCAUGGAAGAUACGUGGUCCAAUGAGCAGCCCGACUUUUACGACUUUAGCAUUGGGCCGUUACGAAAACCUAUGAAGCCGGGGCAGAAGAAGACGUAUAAGCUCGAGGAUGCCGACUACCUCAAAAACGGAGGAGUGCGGCAAAUCUACGUGCACCGGGCGGAGAAGGCUGGCCAGAAUGACGACGUCAUUGAGCUCUCAUGGGAGGCGUCCAGACCAGGCCUCCUAGGCAACAUUCGACCUGAAUAA